UGUUGAUCUAUAUUUUUUUGUCCAUUGCUUUCCCUAGAGUGCGAUUUCUCUCGCAGAAUUUUUGAUUUUUACUUUAAUGUUUGUAACUGAAUUUGAAUUAUUCUUUAUGCGAAAUAUAUUAACUGUUCCUGUUUUGUUUCAGAUAAAUCAACCAUGGCUGUUAUAGCAAAUAUAAUACAGGAUGUCAAUAAAUAUUUAAAUAAAUACCAAGAUCCCAGGACUGCCGAUUGGUUCCUGAUGUCAGGCCCAUUUCCAACAUUAGGAAUAUGUCUUUCAUAUGUAUAUAUAGUUAAAGUAUUAGGACCAAAAUUUAUGGAAAAUAGGAAACCAUUUAACUUAAAAAAUAUGUUAAUAUAUUAUAAUUUUGCCCAAGUCGUUUUUAGCGUAUGGAUUUUUUAUCAGAUUGGAAUGGGAGGUUGGUUUACAGGAGAAUAUAGUUUAAGGUGCCAACCAGUAGAUUAUUCUAAUAAAUCAAGUACAAUAAGAAUGGUGCACGCAUCAUGGUGGUACUAUUUCUCGAAAUUCACAGAAUUUAUGGACACAAUAUUUUUUGUUCUGAGAAAGAAGAACGACCACAUAUCUACUUUGCAUGUUAUCCACCACGGCAUAAUGCCAAUGUCUGUAUGGUUUGGCGUCAAAUACACCCCAGGUGGCCAUAGUACAUUUUUCGGUUUUCUCAACACCUUUGUCCAUAUCAUCAUGUACAGCUACUACAUGCUAAGUGCUAUGGGUCCUCAUAUGCAGAAGUACCUUUGGUGGAAGAAGUACCUCACCGCGCUUCAAAUGAUUCAAUUCGUCGCCAUCAUGGUUCACGCAUUCCAGCUACUUUUCACCGAAUGCAAUUAUCCACGUGCUUUUGUUUGGUGGAUCGGCAUGCACGCCGUUAUGUUCUUCUUCCUCUUCAAAGAAUUCUACAACCAAACGUACAACAGAAGGCAUCGACUAGCCGCCAAAGCUGCACAAAAUGGUGUUCAAAACGGCCUUAAACAGAACGGCCACGCUUCCAAAUCGUACGCCAACGGCCAUCUCAACGGCCAUCUCAAACACGAUGAAAAACAAAAUGGCGUCCAAAACGGCGUCACGAAAGUUAGCGAAUAUUACGUGAAUGGAUCUUCGGAGAUCCACCAGAGGAUAAGAUCAUAGUGAUAUUAGAUAAUUAGGGUUUCUAGUUAAUUCCAAUUUUUGAGAUGGACAAUUUACUUAAUUUAAUUAUUCAUAUGUUGAAUGAAUGAAUUGGAAGGGGAUUCGUUUGUUACUGUUUUUGAUGCUACUAUUAAAGAUUAAUAGGAAUUUAGCUGAACCUUUUUUAAGUUAGCACAGUAUUUAUUAAGGCCGUGAUAGCCUCGAAAACUAUGUAAAAACGUCAUGAGUGUUUAAAAAUACUUUAAAUUAAAUUUAGACCUAGAUAAAAAAUCUUAAAUGUACCUACUACAUAAGUAUAUUUAAUAAUUGACCAAUUUAGUUACCCUGAUUGCCAUACCUAUCUAAUCAAUUUUGAAAAGUGGUUGCAAUUUUCUACCAAAUACUUAAGACCGGUGUUUUCCGAAAUAUCUACUAAUUACAGCUAAUUGGCAUGUAUUAAUAUCUGCUAAUCAUAUUUAGUCAUGGUUUAUUGAUACUUAGAAUCAAAAAGCUUAAUGGUUAAUUAGCAUUUUUUUAGGUAUUAAUUAGGAAUGUUAAAUACAACUACUUAGUUGAUUAGAAUAACUAUUUUUUUAGAAAUGUCAAUUAUAAAAUAGCUAGGUAUGAGGCAUUUUGGAUUUACUUUAAUAAAGAAUCUAUUAGGUGAAGGUUUAGUGUUAAUUAUCUAUUAAUUAAAAAAAAAUAGUUUAGAACAAACGAAUUAAACGAAGUUCAAAACAUUGUAUUGGAGAAAAAAUAAAUUAUAGAGGAAGUUAUGAAAGUAGACAUAUGUUUUUGUUGUAUUGAUGUUCUGUUAAAAAGGAAUAGCUUAUAAACUAAUAAGAUGUCCUUUUGUAACAUUUGGCUUUAAUCUAAUAAUGUAACCUGAGUGUUAAGGCUGUAAAAGGGAUCUCGUGU